UCAUUCCAGAGCCCGACAUGAAUGGAUAUGUGGACUUUUCCCCAAGUCCCACCAGCCCCACCCAGCAGCCAGGGGAGCCUCAACCCACCCAGGCUGUGCUCCAGGAAGAUGUGGACAUGAGCAGCGGCUCCAGCGGAAAUGAAAACUGCUCCACGGGGCGGGACUCUCAGGGCAGUGACUGUGACGACAGUGGGAAGGAGCUGCGGAUGUUAGUGGAAUCGUCCAACACUCACCCCAGCCCUGACGAUACCUUCAGACUCAUGAUGACAGAGGCGGAGCAUAACCCCUCCACAAGCGGCUGCAGUAGUGAGCAGUCUGCCAAAGCUGACGCACAUAAAGAGCUGAUAAGGACCCUGAGGGAGCUGAAGGUCCACCUCCCUGCAGACAAGAAGGCCAAGGGGAAGGCCAGCACGCUGGCAACCCUGAAGUACGCCCUGCGGAGCGUGAAGCAGGUGAAGGCUAAUGAGGAGUACUACCAGCUGCUAAUGUCCAGUGAGAGCCAGCCCUGCAGCGUGGAUGUGCCUUCCUACACCAUGGAGCAGGUUGAGGGCAUUACCUCCGAGUAUAUUGUGAAGAAUGCGGACAUGUUUGCUGUGGCUGUGUCCCUGGUUUCUGGGAAGAUCCUGUACAUCUCCAACCAAGUUGCCCCCCUCUUUCACUGUAAGAAGGAUGCCUUCAGUGACGCCAAGUUUGUGGAGUUCCUGGCUCCCCAUGACGUCAGUGUGUUCCACAGCUACACCACCCCUUACAAGCUUCCGCCCUGGAGUGUGAGCAGUGGCUUAGAUUCUUUCACUCAGGAGUGCAUGGAGGAGAAAUCUUUUUUCUGCCGUGUCAGUGUUGGGAAACACCACGAGAAUGAGAUUCGCUACCAGCCCUUCCGCAUGACACCCUACCUGGUCAAGGUGCAAGAGCAGAAGGGCGCCGCGAGCCAGCUCUGCUGCCUGCUGCUAGCAGAGAGGGUACACUCAGGCUAUGAAGCUCCUAGAAUUCCUCCCGAGAAGAGAAUUUUCACAACAACCCACACACCAAACUGCUUGUUCCAGGAUGUGGAUGAAAGGGCCGUCCCGCUCCUGGGCUAUCUACCUCAGGAUCUGAUCGAGACCCCUGUGCUCGUGCAGCUCCACCCCAGCGACCGGCCCUUGAUGCUCGCCAUCCACAAGAAGAUCCUACAGGCCGGUGGGCAGCCUUUCGAUUAUUCUCCCAUUCGAUUCCGCACCCGCAAUGGGGAGUACAUCACACUGGACACUAGCUGGUCCAGCUUCAUCAACCCGUGGAGCAGGAAGAUAUCCUUCAUCAUCGGGAGGCACAAAGUCAGGGUAGGCCCUUUGAAUGAGGAUGUGUUCGCAGCCUCCCCUUGCCCAGAGGAGAAGACUCCGCACCCCAGCGUUCAGGAGCUCACAGAGCAAAUCCACCGGCUACUGAUGCAGCCUGUCCCCCACAGCGGCUCCAGUGGCUAUGGGAGCCUGGGCAGUAACGGAUCCCACGAACACCUCAUGAGCCAGACAUCAUCCAGCGACAGCAAUGGUCAAGAGGAGUCUCACUGGAGGAGAUCCGGAAUUUUUAAAACCAGUGGCAAGAGUCAAAGCAAAAGUCACUUUUCUCCUGAGUCUGGAGGACAAAAGGAAGCCUCUGUUGCAGAAAUGCAAAGUAGCCCUCCAGCUCAGGUGAGGUCUGUCACCACCAUGGAAAGGGACAGCUCGGGGGCCAGCCUACCCAAGGCUAGCUUUCCAGAGGAACUAGCCUAUAAGAGCCAGCCUCCUUGCUCCUACCAGCAGAUCAGCUGCCUGGACAGUGUCAUCAGGUACCUGGAGAGCUGCAACGAGGCAGCCACGCUGAAAAGAAAGUGCGAGUUCCCAGCCAACAUCCCAUCCCGGAAGGCCACGGUCAGCCCUGGGCUGCACUCUGGAGAGACAUCUCGGCCCUCCAAGGUGACCAGCCACACGGAGGUCAGUGCUCACUUGAGCUCCUUAGCGUUGCCGGGCAAGGCCGAGAGUGUGGUGUCCCUCACCAGCCAGUGCAGCUACAGCAGCACCAUCGUGCACGUGGGCGACAAAAAGCCACAGCCUGAACUAGAGACAGUAGAAGAUGUGGCCAGUGGGCCUGAGUCCCAGGAUGAUGCAGCUGGUGGCCUCAGCCAAGAAAAGGGGCCUCUGCAGAAGCUAGGCCUCACCAAGGAAGUUCUGGCUGCACAUACCCAGAGAGAGGAACAGGGCUUCCUGCAGAGGUUCAGGGAAGUGAGCAGGCUCGGUGCCCUGCAGGCUCACUGCCAGAACUAUCUCCAGGAGCGGUCCCGAGCCCCGGCGAGUGAUCGAGGACUAAGAAAUACUUCUGGAAUAGAGUCAUCUUGGAAAAAAACUGGAAAGAACAGGAAACUGAAGUCCAAGCGUGUCAAGACUCGAGACUCUUCUGAGAGCACAGGGUCUGGGGGACCCGUGUCCCACCGACCUCCCCUCGUGGGCCUGAAUGCCACAGCCUGGUCGCCCUCCGACACAUCCCAGUCUAGCUGUCCCUCUGCACCAUUUCCCGCUCCAGUGCCAGCUUACCCCCUACCUGUGUUCCCGGCACCCGGAAUAGUAUCCACACCAGGGACGGUGGUGGCACCACCUGCAGCCGCCCACACCGGCUUCACCAUGCCUGUUGUGCCUAUGGGCACCCAGCCUGAAUUCGCAGUGCAGCCCCUGCCGUUCGCUGCCCCCUUGGCUCCCGUCAUGGCCUUCAUGCUACCCAGCUACCCGUUUCCACCAGCAACCCCAAACCUGCCUCAGGCCUUCUUCCCCAGCCAACCUCACUUUCCGGCCCAUCCCACACUUGCCUCUGAAAUAACUCCUGCCUCCCAGGCUGAGUUCCCUAGUCGGACCUCGAUGCUCAGGCAGCCAUGUGCUUGCCCAGUCACCCCCCCGGCUGGCACAGUGGCCUUGGGCAGAGCCUCCCCACCGCUCUUCCAGUCCCGAGGCAGCAGUCCCCUGCAGCUUAACCUGCUUCAGCUAGAGGAAGCACCUGAAAGCAGUACUGGAGCUGCAGGGACCUUGGGGACCACGGGGACAGCAGCUUCUGGUCUGGACUGCACAUCUGGCGCAUCUCGGGACCGGCAGCCAAAGGCACCUCCAACAUGCAGCGAGCCCUCAGACACCCAGAACAGUGAUGCCAUCUCCACCUCCAGUGACCUGCUCAACCUCCUCCUGGGCGAGGACCUCUGCUCAGCCACCGGCUCAGCACUGUCGAGAAGCGGGGCAUCUGCCACCUCAGAUUCACUGGGCUCCAGCUCCCUGGGCUGUGACACUUCCCGGAGUGGGGCAGGAAGCAGUGACACAAGUCACACCAGCAAAUACUUUGGAAGCAUUGACUCUUCAGAGAAUAAUCACAAAGCAAAAAUGAUCACAGACACGGAGGAGAGUGAACAGUUCAUUAAGUACGUCUUGCAGGACCCCAUCUGGCUGCUGAUGGCCAACACAGACGACAAUAUCAUGAUGACAUACCAGCUGCCCUCCCGGGAUCUCCAGGCGGUCUUGAAAGAGGACCAGGAGAAGCUGAAGCUGCUGCAGAGGUCCCAGCCCCGCUUCACGGAGGGCCAGAGGCGAGAGCUUCGAGAGGUUCAUCCGUGGGUCCACACCGGGGGUCUGCCUACUGCCAUCGACGUAACAGGCUGUGUUUACUGUGAAAGUGAGGAGAAAGGCAACCUUUGCCUGCCGUAUGAGGAAGACAGUCCUUCCCUGGGACUCUGUGAUACCUCAGAAGCCAAAGAGGAGGAGAGCGGACAGCUGGCCAAUCCUAGGAAGGAGGCCCAGACGUAACCCCGUCCCCGGCCAGAGGUCUUCAUUAGACGGUGCUCGGAAGAGGUGGAAGAGCUUGUGUUUCUAACGAAAUGGACCCAUACCUUCACUGCUUCUUUUGUUUUAGAAAAAAAA